GAACCAGACAGGAACUCACAUCCAGAUACACAUUUACAACCAGUAAGUGAAGACGAAUGUCUAGACUCCUCUGAGACCGAAGAAGACUGGAGGGAACAUGACGGAAAACCGUUUCGCUGCUCUGUGUGUGCAAAGAAAUUUAAACACAGGGGAAAUCUAAAUAUACACAUGAGAACUCACACAGGAGUGAAGCCCUUCAGCUGCUCUCUGUGCAGUAAAAGGUUUACUCAAAAAGCCGGUCUGGACUACCACAUGAGAACUCACACAGGAGAGAAGCCGUUCAGUUGCUCGAUUUGUGGUAAAACAUUUCGACACAAAGGAGCUGUUACGUACCAUAUGGUGACUCACACGGGGGUGAAACCGUUCAGCUGCAGCAUGUGCGGCAAAAGAUUCAGGGGAACGUCACAAGUCAAAGCCCACAGGUGUAUCGCUGAACGCCGUCACAGAGGCGAUAAAGUCAAGAAACCGCUGAGCUGCUCUGAAUGUGACGCAACCUUUCCCAACAACUACCUGCUGGUGACCCACAUGAGGAUGCACAAAGGAAAAACGCUGUUCACCUGCUCUAUUUGUGGUCAGAAACGGCAGUACAGUUCACACCUGGAGAUACACAUGAGAACCCACACUGGAGAGAAACCGUUCAGCUGCUCUGUCUGCGGCAAAACAUUUUCUCAAAGAGGAAUCAUGUCGCAGCACAUGGCCGUCCACUCAGGCGUGAAACCCUUCAGCUGCAGCGUCUGUGGCAGAAGGUUUUAUUGGCACUUUCAGAUCAAAAAACACAAGUGUGUCGGUGAGUCCUUGCAGCGAAGAAGAGCUGGCUUUAACGAAGAGGACCGUAGAGGACCAGAGCCAGCCAGCUCAGAUCCUGAUAAAAAUGUACAACCAGACACUGAUAAAAACAUUGAAGCAUCUUCUGAAACUGAUGACACUGUUGACAUUGACUUUUGGAAAGAGACCAGACAACAUCAGUCAGGGUUCACUUAUGGGAGAAAUAAAAAAAAUUCUGUAGGUGAAGAUAAUAAGACUAGCUUCUCUGAUAACAAGGCUGAACCUGAACCCAGUGGUGUUGAUGUUAAUCUCUGCAAACAGCCUCAGUCAUGUCAUCUGAAACCUGAGGAAGUCUCUGUGAGUGAAACAGGAAAUAACAACACUGACAAGACACCGCUCAGCUGCUCUGAGUUGAAUGAAAAAUCAGAAGGCCACACUCUGCCCAAACACAAGAAUUCUCACCUAGGAGAGAAAGCGUUUAGAUGCUUAAGUUGUGGGAAAGGCUUUGCGACAGGAGGACUCCUGACGAGGCACAUAUCUGUCCACACAGGAGAGAAACUACUCAGCUGCAUUGUAUGUGAGAAAAUUUUCACUUUGGAGUCACAACUCGUAAACCAUCAGUGCUCUGCUGCAUCCUCGCUGCCUCACACCGCCAACACAUUACAGGUCAGCUCCCCAUGUGGUAAAGGGUUAAACCGUAAGCACCAGCUGCAGGUUCCCAUACGAAUUCACACUGGACUGAAACCAUUUGGUUGCUCUGUUUGUGAAAGAACUUUUACCAAGCGUGAAAGCUUACGUUCUCACAUGACAUGUCACACAGGAGAGAAAGCUUUCAGCUGUUCAGUGUGUAACGCAUGUUUUAGCGAUAGUGAGGCUCUAGUUCAACACAUGAGGAUCCACACAAGACAAACACAGUUCAGUUGUCCAGUUUGUGGCAAAGAAUUUGCAUGGAGAAGAUAUCUGACUAAACACAUGGAGGUCCACACACAGGAGAGAAUCUACAGCUGCAGAUAUUGUGACCAAAACUUUCUUUGGCAUUAUCAGCUGAGAUACCAUAAAUGUGUCUGUCGUCAGUCCUCACAGCUUCACCAGAGUCAAACGGAGGAGAACAGAGAGGCAGAGCCUCCAGCCAGCAGCUCACUUGAACAGAUGGAAGCUGAUGGAGAGGACUGUGGAGGACCAGAACCAGACAGGAACCCACAUCCAGAUUUACAACUGGUUACUGAGGACAAGAAUGGAGACUCUUCUGAGACCAAGACUGAUGACAGUGAUGAUUGGAAAAAGACCAGUGGACGUCUGAAACAAAAACUUUUGCAGAAUGAAGAAACAUUUAACAACAAUCACCUUCUGAAGAUUGAAAGAGGAAAUCACACAGGAGAGAAACAGUUCACAGAUGGAGAAAGUCUCAGACAACACUGGGUGGUCCAUACAGGGGAGCACAGGGGGACAAAGCAAGAGGACCCAGAGCUCCCACAAACUAAAGAGAAGCAGGAGGACCCAGAGCCCCCACACAUUAAAGAGGAC